AUGUCUUCUACAACCUCUAUCUCUCCUGCCGUGUUGAUUGUCGGUGCUGGCCCCGUAGGCUCUGUGCUGGCACUCACUCUACUCAAAAACGGAAUUCCUGUCCGGAUCAUUGACAAGGCGGGCCCUCAAAUCGGUCAGAAGGGGGCUGGAAUUCAGCCUCGCACCCUUGAAAUGCAUCACUUCUUAGGGACCCUUCCUGAUUUUCUCAGCGUGGCCCAAAGCAUGCCCCCAUGUACCAUCUACAAAAUCCCUGGUGGGACCGAGAUUUUGAAAACUUUCGAGUUGAAUCCACACGAAGAACCAAAGCCCGAUACGCCUUACAUUAAUCCCAUGGUUCUAGGGCAGUACCGUCAACAGUCUAUUCUUCAUCGUCAUUUGAAGAAAUACGGCUGUGAAGUCGAGUUUCAUACUGAGCUUCGUUCUUUCGAACAAUCAGACGAUCAUGUCCUGGCCAAUAUUAUGAAAAAGAGUCCUGAUGGAGCAGAGAUCCCUGAGGAGAUCAAGAUUCCCUAUCUCGUGGGUGCAGAUGGAGCUCAUAGUACUAUCCGUCGAGCUCUUGGAUUGACCUUCCUUGGGGAUACUCGUGACGAUGUCAGCAGUGUAAUCGGUGAUAUUGAGAUCAAGAGUGGCUUGAAUCAUAACACUUGGCACUUCUGGGGGGAAGGCUCUACGAAAAUGCAAGUCUACUACUCCAAUUCUCAAGUUGACAAUAAUAUUUUUACCAUGAUGGUUACAGGCAAGGAGCUUGAUCACGCAAAGACUGCCUCUGGACGUGAUGAAUUGGUGAAAACAAUCACAUUCGUUACGGAAAGGAAUGACAUUGAAUUUGGAGAUUUGAUUUGGAUGUCGCAUUAUCGUCCUAAUAUUCGAAUGGUGAAUAAAUUUGGGGAAGGAAGAGUCUUCGUUGCGGGAGACGCUGCUCAUGUUCAUAGCCCGGCUGGAGGACAAGGCACUAACUCUGGCGUCCAGGAUAGCUUCAAUCUUGGAUGGAAAUUAGCUCUUGUUCUCAAAGGAUUAUCCCCACCUUCACUUCUAAAUACCUACACAGAGGAGCGUCUCCCAGUCAUUGCUGCCAUGCUUGGCAAGUCCACCAAUUUGCUCAAUCAAGGCAAAGACAAGCCUGCUGCUGACGAAAGUAAAUGGAAGCGAGGCACAGAAUUCAAGCAACUUGGCGUCAACUACCGUGGAAGUUCGACACUGAUUGAUGAGACGGCCGACCUCACCAAGGACCUCAUCCGUUCAGACUCGUACAGUCUCGCCUCAGACGGCGUUAUUCAUGCGGGUGAUCGAGCCCCCCAGGCUCCCGAUUUGGAAGAUCUUCAUGCCAAUAGAACUCUCACCAGCCUAUUUGACAUUUUUGGACCAGACCACCACACGGUGCUUAUUUUCAGCUCUGUGAGGUUUAAAGGGGAAGAAAUUACCUCGGGGCUCAGCGGUUAUUCCAAAGGCCUAUUUAAGAUUGUACUCAUUCUUCCUGCCUUCAGCGAAUCUGAAUCAAUUGCUUCAGUAAAACAGUCAUCCGGAUUCGAUCUGGUGUUGCGCGACGCCAGUGGACAUGCGUAUAAAGGCUAUCCAACUCUUCCUGGGCCAUGCACUGUUAUCGUCGUCCGCCCAGAUGGGGUCAUCGGGGCGAUUGUGAGAGGGAUAGAUGGUCUACUUCAAUAUGUGAACGGCGUUUUCGUAGCUUUAGAGUAA